AGCUUCGUCACCUUCCAACCCCAUCGCUGUUUUCUAGAGCCCGGUCGCGUCAUUCAUUCCACCUUACACCUUUUAAUCCUUCAUAAUGCGCACAUCUGUCCUGGUCGCCGCCUCCGCCGGCACUAUCGUCGCCGGUCUGCUCGCCUACGCUGCCUACUUCGAUCACAAGCGCCAGACCGAUGCCGAGUUCCGCAAGUCCCUGAAGCGCAACAACAAGCGUCUCGCCAAGGCCGUGAAGGAGGAGGUCGAGGCCCAGGGUGCUCAGCAGCGUGAGGUGAUCAAGCAGGUCGUGCAACGCGCCAAGGAGGAGGGCUUCCCCACCGAUCUUGAGGAGAAGGAGUCCUACUUCAUGAACCAGGUUGCUACCGGUGAAGGACUGUGCCAGGAUGGCUCUAGCCAGAUUGAGGCCGCUCUCGCCUUCUACAAGGCCCUCAAGGUCUACCCCCAGCCUAAGGACCUGAUCUCCAUCUACGACAAGACCGUCCCUAAGGAGGUUCUGGAGAUCUUGGCGGAGAUGGUCGCCAUGGAUGCCGGUCUCAAGCUGGGCUCCUUCACUGGUGAGGGUGCCGCCGAUAACCACGGCGUCGAGUAAAUUCGAGAACCUACACCCUUUCUUUUCCUUGGCUUGACCUUGGCUGUAUUAUUGUCGCUUUUUCCCUCACGCCUUCCUCUUUCACAGCCCUCUUCACUCUCCACUAUUUCCUUUUUUUGCCAUCUUUCGCGCAUGUGUAUAUGUAUUGGGCUUGGCCCGGCCUUGGUAUUUCUCGGCGCCAGGAAUUUGGAUUCGUUUCCCACCCCCUUUUGUUGUUCUUUGGAUUCCACUUAUUCUUUGUGUUGAGUUGUGCAUUUUCUGGGGAAAAAAAGGGAAAAGGGCCAUGAUAUACAGAAUGUAUUUUAGAAGACGAAUCAGAUGAUCCACAAUGGACC